AUGGAUGUCUCGAAACUAGCAAACACGGUGUCGGAAUCCGCCCAAGUCAUCUCCGACUUCCUACAGCAGCAGAACUUGAAGCUGUCGUUCAAUGUGGAGGAUCCCGACGCCACUGAGCUUUCAGGCCCAGGCGCCAAGCAAUUUCACGAGGCCCGAAGGCGGAUUUACGAUACGGCAUUGACCCUUGCCGACCUGAUGGCCGGUGAUCUGGCCAUGCUCGAGUCCUACAAUUCAGCCGACAUUUCCGCAGCUGUCCGCAUCGCAAACAAGUUCCGAUUUGCCCAUGCUGUGCCACUCAGCGGCAGCAUCAGCUACGACGAGCUGGCUGAAUCCGUCGGGCUGAGCAAAUUCACCGUCCAAAGGGUCAUGUACACCCUCAUGGGUGUGCACAUCUUCCACCAGCCGAAGCCCAACAAUGUCGCGCAUACGCGCCUGUCCCACAAAUUGGCCACAUACAAAGGCAUAGACGCCUACCUGACCAUGGGUCAAGAGUACCUGCAACGCUCGUGCUACCACAUCGCGGACGCGCUGGCCAAGUGGGGAUCCCCCGAAGACCCUCGCAAGACCGGGUUCAAUAUUGCCAUGGGCACUGACCGGGCAAUUUUCGAGUAUGCGGAGGAGCACAAGGAGCUGCAUAGUAUCGUGAGCGGGAGUAUGGAAUAUAUGAGCUCUUAUAAGAAGGACGGGCUGAUCUCGGGAUUUGACUGGAAAGGUCUGGGAGAUGCUACGGUUGUUGAUGUGGGCGGAUCUCUAGGCCAUGCCAGCAAGCAACUCGCACAACAAUUCCCAAGAUUGCGCUUCAUCGUGCAAGAUUUCGAAGUUACUUGCCAGAAGGGGGAAGCUGCGUUGCCGGACGAGCUUCGAUCCCGGAUCAGCUUCCAGCCGUUCAACAUGUUCGAGGCUCAACCAGCUCUCCCCGACAGGAAGGUCGUGUACUUAUUGUGCUGGAUCCUCCACGAUUGGUCGGAUACGGAAUGCUCUCAGAUUCUGAGAAGUAUUGCACAGGGUAUGAAGGCUGGGGAUCGUAUCAUUAUCAGUGAAUUUGUGCGACCCGAGCCGGGCGCUGGAUCGCUUUGGUUGGAGCGAGCUGUGAGCCGGUCUGAUACGUACAUGCUUUCCGGGAGCAACGGCCGCGAGCGGACGACUGCGCAGUUUGAGGCUCUGCCACGGAUGGCGGACCCCAGACUGAGAUUAGUUGAUAUAACGCUGCCCAGCGACUCUUGGACAAGUGUCAUUGAGAUGGCUUUCGAUGAGGAGAAGGAAAAGUUUUAG